AUGGUGUCCUUCAAGGCACGCCGGAGCGAGCCACAGCUGGUGUCGCCGGCGCGGCCGACGCCACGCGAGACCAAGCCGCUCUCCGACAUCGACGACCAGCGCCUGCUCCGCUACUACGAGACGGUCGUCGGCUUCUUCCGCACCUGCCCCGGCCGGACCGACGACAGGAGGCCGGCCGACCUCAAGGGGGCCUUCAAGGCGGCGCUCGCGGAGGCGCUGGUGUACUACUACCCCAUCGCCGGCCGCCUCAGGGAGGAUGCCGGAGGGAAGCUCGUCGUCGACUGCACCGCGGAAGGCGUGGUGUUCGUCGAGGCCGACGCCGACGUGCGGCUCCAGGAGUUCGGCGAGCCGCUGCUGCCGCCGUAUCCGUGCCUGGACCAGCUGCUCUGCGAUCCUGGUGAUGUCAAAGCCGUCAUUGGCAGACCAUUGCUCUUCAUGCAGGUGACAGAACUCAAAUGUGGUGGAUUUGUUCUUGGAUUCCACAUGUGUCAUAACAUCGCAGAUGGAUUCGGUAUGAUUCAAUUCAUGACAAGUGUAACUGAACUAAUGGUUGAAGCAUCCCCGAGCAUUCUUCCAGUUUGGAAAAGAGAGCUUCUAACUACAGCACACAACACAAGCCCCAUCCCAUACCCAAACCCUGCAUACAAACCACUGCUAGAUAGCUUAGGCUCCACAUCUGACGAUGUGAUGCUGUCAACUCCACCCGAUCGCAUGGUAGCCCAAUACCUUGUCUUUGGGCAAAGAGAGGUGGCCGCUCUACGAAGCCACAUACCGGAACACCUCGCCGAUUCAGUGACAUCCUUCGAGCUUCUAACUGCAGUCAUGUGGCGGUGCCGCACCAUAGCUCUGGGCUAUGAACCUAGCCAGCGAGUGCGGCUUAUGAUCACCAUGAAUGCCCGUGGCAGGUGGAAUCGCCACACCCUCAUCCCAUGGGGCUACUAUGGCAAUGCACAUGUUUCUCCUAUAGUGGAACUGACCGUCGACGAGCUCUGCCGGCAGGCGCUCGCCGACACGGUGGAGCUCGUGUGCGAAACCAAGCUCAGCGUGACCAAGGAGUGCCUAGCAUCGAUGGUGGAUACGACGGCGUACAUCCGUCAGUGUCCGCCUCUGACCAUGGACAGGACGUACGAGGUCUCGGACACCAGAUGGAUUGCUGCCGGGAAAGGACUGCAGCUUGGGUGGGCGGAGUAUGUGGGCGGCGGCAUUCCACUCGCCGGCGACCUCACUUCAAAGCUGGGAAGCCAUCACAUGAGGUGCCAGAACGAGGACGGCGAGGACUCCACGGUGGUGUCGCUGCUGCUGCCGAGGCCGGCGAUGGAGAGGUUCAAGAAAGAGAUGGCUGUUUGGCUCAACAAGCAUGACAAGAAUCUCUAAUUAUACCCCCAGUUCCCUCUAGCAGCUAUAUGCUAUAGGUAUCAAGCUCUACAAGGAUUUACUGUUGUGCUCAAUGUAUUUUUGUCGUUUUGAGAUGGCUGAGUGUUUAGUCAAACACAGUUGGAUUUCAUUCUUGUUUGACUUCUGCAAUGAGAAACAGUUGGAUUUCUUUGUUCUUUAACUCUAGAGGACAAACAGUUGCACUGUUCUGAUUCUUUAAAUUUUGCAAGAACAAUGUAUUGCCGUUUCGCUAA